GUCCUACUGCCCCGCCCCUUGGCCCGUCCACUGACCACAGAACCCCUCUCCCCCCAUCGUCUCCUCGCCACAGAUGACCGCCGCCCCCAGGAAGCAGUCCAAGACCUACAAGGUCCCUAAGCGACCCUACGAGGCCGCCCGACUCGACGCCGAGCUUAAGCUUGCUGGAGAGUACGGUCUCCGAAACAAGCGAGAGAUCUGGCGAAUCCAGCUCACCCUCUCCAAGAUCCGACGAGCCGCCCGAGAGCUCCUCAAGCUCGACGACAAGGACCCCAAGCGACUCUUCGAGGGUAACGCUUUGAUCCGACGACUCGUUCGAAUCGGUGUGCUCGACGACGACCGUAUGCGUCUCGAUUACGUCUUGGCCCUCAAGACCGAGGACUUCCUCGAGAGGCGUCUCCAGACCCAGGUCUUCAAGCUUGGUCUCGCCAAGUCUGUCCACCACGCCCGUGUCCUCAUCAGGCAAAGGCACAUCCGAGUUGGCAAGCAGAUCGUUAACGUUCCUUCUUUCGUUGUCCGACUUGACUCUCAGAAGCACAUCGACUACGCUCUCAACUCUCCUUACGGUGGUGGCCGAGCUGGUCGUGUGAAGAGGAAGAGGGCUGCUGCCGCUGAGGGUGGUGCCGGCGGUGAGGAGGACGAGGACGAGGAGUAAACCUGACGUCGAUACGACUGAAGGUUCUACUCGGGCAUUUGUAGGAGGGCGAUUCUGGGAUGCAUCGUCUUCAUUGACUCCAAUCAAUAC